AGCCGCUACCUUAUUGUAUUAGGAAGUGUCUGUUGCUGUUCGUUAUCUAGAUCUACUAGAUAUAAGUCUAAUAUGGUGGAAUAAAAAUAAGCCUGUGUGUUUUGUAGAUCUAGAUUCUAUAUCGGCCUUGUCGUUGAUCUAUUUCUAAUUGUAUUUAUAAGUUAAUUGUCUUAGUUAAAAAAAAAAUAGAUCUAACUCUAACAUUCUAAUUCUAAAUAAUUCUAAACUUAAACUCAAAACUGUUACUGAGACUGACUGAGUAAACUAAAACUAAAGUCAAAGUGAAAGGACUGAAAGUGACUCAAAGUAAAAGACAAUUAGAUUAAUGAGCAGACAUUGAGAUCCACUAAAAGUUCCAUGAUGGCUGAUACAAGUCAUGACACUACUCUUGCUCUGAGCUAUACAUUAAAACAAAUGAAAGAUGAAAUGGAUGAAACAGAUUUGUUUGCACAGCAAUCUGAAGAACAAGACUUUAAGGUGUCAAACAUAAAAAUAGAGAAGGUUGAAGAAGAAAAAUCAUACCUGUGUAGGCAGCAAUCAGAAAACUGUCCUUUCGCUCAAACCUCAGAUUCAAACUUCGGGCAUCAGGAAAGUACUGUAAAGCAAGAGAUAGAAAUGAAUUAUUUUACAACUAGUAAUAGACCAUGGACCUUUGCUUCAAAACUACUGGAAGUGUCAAUGAAGGCAGACAACAGUCUUUGUCCUGUACCUAUCAUAUUGCCUGGACAUGUCACCGAAAUGUCUGUGAGUCAGAUACACAAAUCAAAAAGAGAAAUGGAUUCAGAAAGUUGUGUGUUUGUGACAAUCAAAAAGGAGGAUAAGAAACAAAACCAUCCCAACGAGGCUAUUUUAGGCGAAGAAAUCCAUCUUUCAUCUUGUACCCAGUAUAAAAUAUGUCCAAAAGAAUACUUUGACUCUUUAUGUUUAAAACAACACCAGCAAAUUCAUACUGGUGAAAAGAAGCAACAACUAAUUCCAACUGUGGAAAAACCUUUUAAAUGUCAAGUAUGUCUAAAAGAAUUUUCUCACCCUAAAAGUUUAAAAACACACCAGCUAAUUCAUACUGGUGAAAAUCCUUUUAAAUGUCAAAUAUGUCUUAAAGAAUUUGCUCAGUCUCGAAAUUUAAAAGAACACCUGUUAAUUCACACUGGUGAAAAACCUUUCAAAUGUCAAAUAUGUCUUAAAGAAUUUGCUAAGUCUCGAAAUUUAAAAGACCACCUGUUAAUUCAUACUGGUGAAAAACUUUUCAAAUGUCAAAUAUGUCUUAAAGAAUUUGCUCAGUCUCGAACUUUAAAAGAACACCUGUUAAUUCAUACUGGUGAAAAACCUUUCAAAUGUCAAAUAUGUCUUAAAGAAUUUGCUCAGCCUCGAAAUUUAAGAGAACACCUGUUAAUUCAUACUGGUGAAAAACCUUUCAAAUGUCAAAUAUGUCUUAAAGAAUUUGCUCAGUCUCGAAAUUUAAAAGAACACCUGUUAAUUCAUACUGGUGAAAAACCUAUCAAAUGUCAAAUAUGUCUUAAAGAAUUUGCUCAGUCUCGAAAUUUAAAAAGGCAUCAGCUAUUACAUACUGGAGAAAAACCUUUCAAAUGUCAAAUAUGUCUAAAGGAAUUUUCUCAGGCUGGUACUUUAAAAGAACACCAGAGAAUUCACACUGGUGAAAAACCUUAUCAAUGUCAAAUGUGUACUAAAGAAUUUUCUCACUCUCAAAGUUUAAAAAAGCAUCAGCUAAUUCAUACUGGUUAAAAAAAAUUUCAAACGUCAGAUAUGUCUAAAAGAUUUUUUCAGUCCAAAUAUUUAAAAGAACACCAGCUAAUUCAUACUGAUGAAAAACCCUUCAAAUGUCAAAUUUGUCUAAAGGAAUUUUAUCAGGCUUGUACUUUAAAAGAACACCAGCUAAUUCAUACUGAUGAAAAACCUUUCAAAUGUCAAAUUUGUCUAAAAGAUUUUUCUCAGUCUAAAUAUUUAAAAAAGCAUCAGCGAGUUCAUACUGGUGAAAAACCUUUCAAAUGUCAAGUAUGUCUAAAAGAAUUUUCUCACCCUAAAAGUUUAAAAACCCACCAGCUUAUUCAUAGUGGUGAAAAACCUUUCAAAUGUCAAAUAUGUCUUAAAGAAUUUUUUCAGGCAUAUCAUUUAAAAGAACACCAGAGAAUUCACACUGGUGAAAAACCUUAUAAAUGUCAAAUGUGUUCUAAAGAAUUUUCUCACUCUGAAAGUUUAAAAAAGCAUCAACUAAUUCAUACAGGUAAAAAAAACGUUCAAAUGUCAAGUAUGUCUAAAAGAAAUAGAUCUUCUGGUUCUGAUUGAAUUAAUCACUAAUUGACUUACGCUGAAUUGAAUAAUUAUGUCCAAAGAAUUACAGGUGACACAGUAUGUCAGGAGUGAAUUUAGAUUUAAAAAAAAGGUGUCAGCAGUCGUCAAGAGCAGGAAAUAGAAUAAUUGGCACAGUAUAGGAGUCGUGUUUUUUUUUUUCUGCUUUCCAUUUGUCUUGCAGGGAUGUUCUGCUUUGGAAGUAAAUCUUUUCCAACUGCAGUAGUGGUGUAGGCAGGGCCGGACUUAAUCCACUGCAACCAAUGCGGCCGAAGUGGUCCCCGCACCAUCACAGGCCCCGCGUUUUCUAGGUGUACAUUAUUAAAUAAAACCAUUAUUUCUUAUUACACGGUUCUGGACCUCUGAAAUUAUUAAAAUGUCCUGAAAAUUCAUAAAAUAGACAAAGUUGUCACUUUUACAUUAUCUGUCCACUAAUGAAAGAUACACUUCUUUUCCAAACUACUAAGAAUAUUUUUAACAUUAUCUGUAACUGUGGCAUCUAGUAAAAGAAGCUUCUCACGCCUCAAAAUAAUCAAGCAUAACUUGAGAUAGAUUGAACACUUUGGCAUUUCUUGCUAUUGAUUGUGAUCUAUUUAGGAAACAGAAUUUUGAUAUGGCUUCGCUACACGCAAGGUCGUAAAAAAGGUUAUACUUAAUUAAAUUUGAUCGUGAUUUUUGUACUUAGUAAAGAGUGAAUAAAAUGCAAAAAUGAA